UUUAAUUAGUCUGAACUAUUUGCCGCUGUUAUUAACUGCCGAGAGCAAAAUAUGUCGUCGAAGCUAGUUUGGCGACGGCGCACUGCGGAGGGCUUCUAUCGUCCGGCGGGUCAGCUGCCGAGCGUGGCGGCGUUGGGCUUCUGUCGCCGCGCACGCUUCCUUGUGCGCCUAUCUCCUCCUCAGCCGUCCGAGAAGUGGAGGAGAAGAGGGCGCGAUGGCGUCGGCGUAUUCGAAAUCGGCAAUUUCGGCAUCGAUGUCUGCCAUGAGGGCUCUCGACGGGCAGAAGCGAAAGCCUUGCCGCCGUCAAAGACGCCCCACGCGUCGAAAAUGUAGAGGGUAAAGUCAAAGCUUUGCUUGAAAGAAUUGAAGAUGGAAAGGUCCGUGAGGAAAUUCAAAGUAUCUUUCUACAAAUGGGUUUUGAGGAGAUGCCGACAAAUAACUUUGUUGAAAGCAGCUUUUGGAAUUUCGAUGCUUUAUUCCAGCCACAACAGCAUCCUGCUCAUGAUUCACAUGAUCCUGGUUCUAGGAGAAACUUACCUGAAGAUUAUGUUGAGAGAGUCAAGCUUGUUCUUGAAUCUAGUGGAUAUGGAUCCAAAGGUGUGAUGCAUUUUUGCUGCUGCCCGAGCCGAGAGAUGAACGAUCAACCUGAGGAAAUUGAGCAAGAUCAGAGCACAAAGCCCUCCAUAAACCAUCAUACGAAACCGGCUCCCUUGUGCAACAGCUACCACCAUCAGAUCCAAGGAGUCCGCUGCAACCAGAAGCCAGCUUGUUGCUUCCAGUGUCAUCCUAAUCACCGAGCUCAGGUUUUCUUCUCCGUAAAUCCUGCACGCCAUCCUGGAACACAGAGCAGUGGCCGUCGACACUGUAGUCUUGGACCAUCCUCUGUAGCCAAUCAGGCUUCCUCCGAGUACCAAUGCCUCCCUACGGCACACACAUGAUGCACACAGGCCGGACAAAGUAGACUGUCUCAGAGCUGCCAACCCUGUGUAGUAAGGCAAGAGGACGGAAUCCAGGUGCAGGCUGGCAUGCAGAAUUCCUGAAACAGUCGAAGCUUCGAGCACUGCGUACUUGAUGUCGGUGGCAGCUCGAUUUCUGAAAGCCAGGGCUGAGACAUAGGCGAGCUGAAGGAGGGCGGGACCGACGUGUGUCAGAGGGAAUAUGGUGCCGAUCCUGCGCCCGUUUGCGAAGAUUAGGACGAGCAAAGGAAGCGCAAUCGGACCCGAAGGCAACAGGUAUCUUCUCUUCCACCUUCUUCCGUUGCUGACAUCCACGGUGCUCCGCCUGCAUCUGAGUUCAACGAGGGUGAAGACGGUGGCUGAGAGGAAGCACGAAACGGCGAAGAGCAGCACCGACAGGUCGACGGCGGGCGGGUAGUCUCCUUCGUAGGCGCUGUCGCAGAAGUAAUGGUAGGGGCAGUUGACCAGAUCGGUGGUUUCUUCCACCUGCCAUCUGGUGCACUUGAAGAACAGCUUCUCUGUGUUCUUCUUCAUGCUUCGUCCUCGAUGAGAAGGAUCAUCGGUCUUUGGGCGGUGUCUUCUUCUUGCUCUCAACUCCCUCUCCAGCCGCGGCGGUAGCUGGUGCGCCACCUACUCUGAUCCUCUCUCUCUCUCUGUGUUGGUUGAGGUAGAGCUUCGUAGCUUCUGGCAUAAGGAAACCAUAUGCCACGGUACGUAUUCACGGCUGAAGCUGAAACAGCAAGGGAUAUAUUGGCCGUGAACACGUCCAGAGGUCAAAGGAUGUUUGACUUAGUGAGGGACGAGAUAAUGCAGAGUUGCCUACAAGCCUGUUAAAAGUCGGAUCAAAAACAGGGUUUGGUGGGAAUCCAUCCAUGACUGGUUUCUUUAUAUCAUCUACGAUUCCUGCUUGUUAUUCUCGCUUCUAUCAGCGAUACUAUAACAGCAGGUUGUUCUCCACCAGCCACCACCACCUAAGGGCAGAAUUCAAGUAACCAGUCAACUUCUCUUGGUGGAAUGUCCUCCACCUCCUCACCCGGUGGAAUUCUACCCGUUUCCACCAUGAAAACAAAACAUGGAAGGUGGGAUACCAAUUGCCUUAGAUUGUAACCUAAGAACAUAUAUACCAAUUGCCUUAGAUUCUAAUCACUAGUAUUAUUUCUUCAUAGACUAAUCGUGUAUGAUUAGAGACUAAGCCUAUUAGUACUAAUGCAUUUGAACCUUUGUGAUACGAGGAGCAGAGUAACUUUUAAUGUCCAAUGAUGAUUGCUAGACAAGUGAAUUCUAGUAAUUCACAGUUGUUUAUGAAACCACUAAAGAAAGGUUCAGAAAGAAAUAUGGAAGCUAUUAAAACUAUUCUCGGAAAGUUUAGUGUGUAGAAAAAGGAAUGGUGAUACCAUUUUCUUUUCAGGACCAAAGCAUGCAUUUAACUAAUAAUAAGCCUUGUUGGAUAGCCAUUGUUAGGUACCAACUUGCUUGAAGAAUAUUUUCUAAUUAUCUCAUGUAGUUAAGUUUCGAGCAGUUGCAUCUGACACUUGCACUAUUUUUAAUUAUCUAAAAAAAUCUGCACUCAAUAUCAAACACUACAAUUAGUUGUGUAGUCACCAUCAAGAAUUGUCAACCAUGACAAGUACUAAGGAAUGACUUUGUGAUUUCAAAUAUACAGAGUAUUAGCAUCGAUCGAUAUAUCGAUGAAGUUGUCAAUAUGGUACAUAUCGAGCUUGAGUCGUAUCAAAUGUACCGACACAUAAUACUUGCCGUCGGUCAAUUAGCAUAUCAAGUUGGAUCAGUAAGAUGACCCUUGCAUAUAACAACUCAACACAUCAUCUUCUUAGUCUUUUUCCUUUUUUAUUUUAAGGUGGCUUCUUAUUCUGCAUGCACGAGCAGUAAUUGUGGAUGUUUACGGCAAUCAUCAUAUCAAUCACUUUUAAGGCUCUUUCAAUGAAUGUCAUUAUGCUCGGCUUAGUUUCCUGAUCUCCAAAAAGUUCUCUUAUGUAUUUGGGUUUUUUUUUGCUGGUGGAUAAUAUAAUUGUU